GCCAACAGGUAGUCGUCACGACUAUAUAUAUUUACAAUACAAUUUACUACAAAGUCCCGCAUUGGUCGACGGAUGUUCAGAUACUUAAAGGGUCGUUAGAUCUAUAUAAUCUAUAUAGAUUAUAGAUCUAAGUACGUAAAAAAGUAAAUUCACCAGCUCUUCAGCUGUUUGACUGAUUAAAAUUGUCUACAACAAUCAACCGAGAUCAUUAUAAAACUAAAUCAAAUAAAGAACGGAACUUUUUUCAUUAUACUGAAUCUCAAUUAAAGGAAUACUCACGAAUAGAAUCUCCCUCAUAAUGUACCCCUUCGGCUCUAGAAUACCUGACCCGUUGCAACCUCCUACCUCGUCUAGCGAAACACCACGAGCGCCUUUUGGAGCUGGGUGGGUGCAACCGAUGAAUCAGAACCCACCAUACCCGUUACCUACCCAGCUACAGUUCCAACCUCAGCGUCCGACCCAGGCGCACCCGUACAUUGCCCAUCAGAAUGUUCGUGCCUCUUAUCCUGCACCGAUUUCGGCGCCCUACCCGAGCAUUUCGUCCUCAUCGAACCCAAACCCGUACCCAUCACCUUCGCACAGCUCACAAUUCGCUUCCCAACACCAAUAUCAACAGAAUGUGCAACCAAGUUCAGGUAAUACUUUUUAUAAGGAUCAGGAAGCCAUAUCAGCGGAAAAUAUGUACGGACCAGGACAAAAUCAAAGGCAGGGAUACGGAGGUGGAGGCGGAAAUGGGCAGGGUCAUUGGCAUGGGAAAGGGUAUGGGCAUGGUCAACCGCACGAAUAUCGGCCACCCACAGCUCUUAAAGAGGGAGCUCCUACUGUAAAGCCCGUGCAGGGUUUCGAUCCAGUCAAGGAUGCCCACGACCUUCGAAAAGCCAUGAAGGGUUUUGGAACUGAUGAGGAAGUGUUGAUCAACAUAAUUUGCCGGCGGUCAAACGAACAGCGCCAGGAGAUCCAGCGUCAGUAUAAGACCCACUUCGGAAAGGAUUUAAUUGAAGACAUCAAGUCAGAGACAAGUGGAAAUUUCGAAAAGCUACUGGUCGGUCUUCUACGCCCAAUCGUAGACUUCUACUGCGCUGAGUUAAAUAAUGCCAUGGCUGGAAUUGGCACCGAUGAGGAGGUCCUCAUCGAAAUUCUCUGCACGCUUUCCAAUAUGGAGAUCUAUACAAUAAAAAAUCAGUACUUACGGUUGUAUGGCGCUCAUCUAGAGUCUGAGCUGAAGUCAGAGACAUCUGGAAACUUUAAGCGGUUGCUUAUCUCGCUUUGUACAGCGGCACGAGAUGAAAGUGGACGCGUUGAUCCCAACUUAGCCAAGGACGACGCCAGAGAAUUGCUCAAGGCUGGAGAAUUACGUGUUGGCACGGACGAGAGCAUGUUUAAUAUGAUACUCUGUCAGAGGAACUAUCAGCAGCUGAAACUGAUAUUUCAAGAGUAUGAGAACAUGACAGGCCACUCGCUGGAGAAGGCCAUCAAAAAAGAGUUUUCUGGUGACAUAAUGGAAGGCCUAGUCGCCAUAUUCAGAUGCGUCACUAACAAGGCCGAGUACUUCGCGUCGCGCUUACACAAGUCCAUGGCUGGCAUAGGAACCAACGACACCCAGCUGAUCCGCGUCAUAAUUACGCGCAGUGAGAUCGAUAUGGUUGACAUAAAGGUGGCAUUUGAACGCUUAUACGGCAAGUCCCUGAAGAGCUGGAUUAAGGGUGAUACCUCCGGCCAUUACAAACAUGCUCUUUACGCACUGGUGGGCGAACAGCGCUCUUCUUAACCAUCUCUUUAUUAUUAAAAUUUUAAAUCGGAAUGGAUGCAAUUAUUCGAAUACUUUAUGUUUGAUAUACAUUUAUAAAAUAUAAGCCUAUUUUGUUUCAAA